AUGAGAACAUCAAGUGUGGCAUUUAAUAAAAUAUUGGACGAUUUAGCUAAACGACAAUUAUUAUUAGAUUUUCAAUUUGGUUCAGCUCGUAAUAAUUAUGAAGCGAUAAGAAAUAUUGGCGCUGGUGCCUUUGGUAUUGUUUGUGAAGCAGUUGAAACCAGUUCGCUUAAUAAAGUAGCGAUAAAAAAAAUCGGACACGCAAGUGCGACACCAACGCUCGCUAGACGUACUCUUCGUGAAAUACGUGUUCUUCGAUAUAUCGAACAUGAAAAUAUCGUCAAUUUGAGGGAUAUCUUUCGAACCGCUGGAAAUUUAGGAAUAAAUGUGUAUUUGGUGAUGGAUUUAAUGGAAGGCAAUCUACAUCACGUUAUAUACGGUGGUAAUCAAAUGGAAGACGAUCUUAUUGCUCAUUUUUUACAUCAAACUUUACGUGGACUUAGGUAUUUACAUCGAGCCGGAAUCGCUCAUAGGGAUUUAAAACCGUCGAAUUUACUUGUGAAUAGCGAUUGUCAUUUACGAAUCGCUGAUUUUGGUAUGGCAAAAUUAGCAAUGAGAGAUCAUAUCGAAGAAGCUGAAGAACACUGCUUUUAUAUGACCCAACAUAUCGCUACUUUACCGUAUAGGUUAGCUCCCGAAUUACUAUUCGUUAUGCCAGAACAUUCAACAGCGGUAGAUAUAUGGGCUGUGGCUUGUAUAUUCGCUGAAAUGAUUAUUCGACGUGAACUAUUUCCGGGACGAAGUGUUUCAGGACAAAUCAAAAUUAUUGUUACAAUGCUUGGUGCACCAUCUGCUAAAAUUAUGAAUCAAAUUCGUUGUGAGCGAACGCGCCGAUUAAUCGAGAACUUUGCUGAUUAUGCAGUUAGACCAUGGAAUGAAAUUUUAAAAGAUAAAGCCGAUUGCCCCGACACAUUGGAUUUAAUCUCAAAGAUGGCUGUGAUGGAUCCAGAAGAUCGUAUCGAUGUGCAUCAAGCGAUAAAUCAUAAUUAUUUUAGAGAAUAUUAUCCAAAUUUUAUGGCAGAAAGAGCAUGUCCAUUCAAAGUUAAAAUGGAUAUGGCAGCGAUUGAAUCAUUGACGCACGAAGAAUUGAUUCAGUCAUUGAUAAAUGAUGUACGUUCAGCUGAUGACGAACAAUUCACCUCAGUUUCAUCCGAAUCAUCGAUACCUUCCAUAACGUCUUCUUCAAAAUGUUCCGGUGUACGUUUUUUCACUUCCUAUGAAUAA